GCGCAUGUGAGCCCAGCAGGGUACAGUUUCACUGACAGUCGGUCAUUACGUGAUUAUGAUCCACCGAUCUCCCAUCGAUCUGAUCAGACUCAACCCUUUCAGCGUCUGACCGAUGCCUGUUCCUUGCACGGUGGAUUCUCCAUCGACGCGAGGGGAGACGGCGGCAUCCUCACUGCCUUCCCCACUUUCCUGAAAAGGUGAAGCAGCCUUUAUAACCUCACCGUUUGCCGCUAUGAGACGACUAACGGGAAAGUCGAAGGAGGAAACUUUGAUCGAGCUGCAGAGCGCCUCGGAUUCUCAGAUCACAGAUGGCCCUGCUGUUCUGACUGCAUUCAGGAUAAACUUACACUCAGAUGACAGCAGCGGUAAUGGGGUCAAUGCAUUAUGUGAAGGAGGCCCACUUCCUGGACAUUCAGAAACAGAGAGGCUUCAACCAAACAGAGACACAGUGUUCUUCAGGGACGGCGUUCGCAGAAUAGACUUUGUUUUGUCUUAUGUAGAUGAUAAAGAUGAGAGGAAGCAGGAAAGGAGAAAAGAAUUUGAGGCCAACCUUCUGAAAGAAGGUCUGGAGCUGGAGACAGAAGACAAAUCGGAGUCGAAAGACCACAAGACAUACUUUUUAAAGAUUCACGCGCCGUGGGAAGUGCUUGCCACUUACGCGGACGUCCUGAACAUCAAAGUUCCCUUCAAAGAGAGUGGCAUGCAGCCUGGUCAGGACGUCCAUCUGGACUGGCUGUCCUGCCCUUUCCGCCUGCCUGACCACAUCAUGCACCCUCAGAUAGACUACUUCACCUACCCCUUUGACAAGAAUAAGGUGGACUUCUUCCUCAUCAAUGACAAAGAAACUUUCUUCCCUCCAUCCACAAGAAACAGAAUUGUGUUUUAUAUCCUGGCUCGUGUUCCGUACUACAGAGAAGGUCAUAAGGACAGAGAGAAGACAGGCGUCAAGCGAUUACUCAACAACGGGACAUAUACAGCAGCCUUCCCCCUUCACGAUUGUCGGUACUGGAAAAGGGCAAGAAAUGCAGAAUGUGAGAGCGAACGCUUCAACUUGUACAAGCAUUGGGCGAAGUUUCUCUGCUUUUACAAAGAGCAGCCUCUGAACCUGAUCAAGAAGUAUUAUGGAGAAAAGAUCGGGAUCUAUUUUGCUUGGCUGGGCUUCUACACUGAGAUGCUGUUCUUUGCAGCUGUCAUGGGUGUUAUAUGUUUCACCUAUGGAGCGCUCAGCUAUGGCAACAACAAAUCAAGUGAAGAAAUCUGUGAUGCAAAGAUCGGCGGCAGCAUAUUGAUGUGUCCUCUCUGCGACAAAAAAUGUCCUUUCUGGAAGCUCAACUCCACCUGUUUCUCGUCCUGGCAAUCCCAUCUGUUUGACAACGAGGGAACCGUAUUCUUUGCCAUAUUUAUGGGGAUUUGGGUAACUCUGUUCCUGGAGUUUUGGAAGCGACGUCAGGCCCGACUCGAGUACGAAUGGGAUCUGGUGGAUUUUGAGGAAGAGCAGCAGCAGCUUCAAAUCCGCCCAGAGUUCGAGAUCAAAUGCACAAACAGGAGACAAAACAAGAUCACACAAGAAAUGGAGCCAUAUCUUCCUGUCACAAGCAGGUGUGCACGUUUCUGCUUCUCUGGAGCCACCGUCAUAUUCUGGAUUUCUAUGAUCGUAGCCUGUAUCAUUGGGGUGAUAGCCUACAGGCUGGCUGUAUAUGCUGCCUUUGCAAGCAUCAUUAAAGAUCCAAUGAGAAAGAUCCAGUUGGUGGGGAGAUUCAUCACUCCGCAGCUCGCGACAUCCGUCACCGCUUCCUGCAUUAAUUUUGUCAUCAUCAUGAUCCUGAACUUCUUUUACGAAAAAGUGGCCAUCUGGAUCACUGAUAUGGAAAUCCCCAAAACUCACCUGGAAUAUGAGAACCGGCUGACAAUAAAGAUGUUUCUGUUCCAGUUUGUCAACUACUACUCGUCCUGCUUCUAUGUGGCCUUUUUCAAAGGGAAGUUUGUGGGCUAUCCCGGCAAGUACUCCUACAUGUUUGGGAAUUUAACCAAACUGAGGAACGAAGAGUGUGAUCCUGGUGGCUGUCUGAUUGAGCUGACCACACAGCUGGUGAUCGUCAUGGCUGGGAAACAGGUGUGGGGGAACAUUCAGGAGGCUCUGCUCCCGUUGAUGCGCAACUGGUGGAGCAGCAGAAAGGGACGACACAACCCGGAGAACCAUUCCAGCCGCUGGGAGCAGGACUACGUUCUGCUGAACUUUAGCCAGAUUGGCCUGUUCUACGAGUACCUCGAGAUGGUGAUCCAAUUUGGCUUCAUCACAUUGUUUGUGGCCUCCUUCCCUUUGGCCCCCCUCCUCGCCCUGAUUAAUAACAUCCUUGAAAUCAGAGUGGACGCCUGGAAGUUCACCACCCAGUUCAGGCGACCAGUGGCAUCCAAGGCCCGAAACAUCGGAGCGUGGCAGGAGAUCCUCAAUUCAGUGGCGAUUUUAUCUGUUGUCACCAAUGCUUUUAUCAUGGCCUUUACCUCAGACAUGAUCCCCCGUAUGGUAUACCUGUAUGCCUACAGUAAAGAUGCCAGCAUGAGCGGCUAUAUCAACAACAGCCUGUCAGUGUACAACAUUUCACAGAUACAUCCAGACAACAUGCCUGAGGACAAUUGGCAUAACUCCACUACCACAUGCAGAUAUCGAGACUACCGUUACCCUCCAGGCCAUGAGAGGCAGUACACCCACACUAUGCAGUUCUGGCACAUCUUGGCAGCCAAAAUGGCCUUCAUUAUUAUCAUGGAACAUGUGGUCUUUGUGGUGAAGUUCUUUGUCGCCUGGCUGAUACCGGAUGUCCCGUCAGAUGUGAAGGCGCGAAUUAAACGGGAACGUUACCUGAUCCAGGAGUUCCUCCACAAGUACGAAGUGGAUAGACUGAAGCUCCAGUUGAGCGCCAGCUUCAUCACAGAACCUCGGUCGGAAACAUCCCUGACACCGGACAAACAUGAAGUGGUUUCUGAGUGUUCAUAACCUGCCUGCAACACUUCAAAUGCUCCAAGCCAAGAAAUUAUUUUGUCAGUUUUCUUGCAAGGGCUUCCAUCUUCAAAGUUAAAAAUUGUGCUUUUCUUUUUAACAUAAAUGGGCCUUAGCACCUUUUAGGUUGUGCUCGUAUGUUGAGAUCCACUAAGGGAGACAUUCCAAAAAGAAAAAACCUGGAAUUAGUUUUUAUUAUGAUUACUGUAUUUUCCGGACUUUGAGUUGCACCAUAUUCCAUAGUUUGGCUGGUCCUGUGUCUUACAGUCAGGAGUGAAUUAUAAAUGUUUUUUUCCCCUCUUCAUGAUGCAUUUUUUUGACUGAUGCAUUAAAUAUUAAAUCAUACUGCUGGACAUGACCCAAGGAUUAAACAUUCCCUUCUGCAGCCUGGGGAAAGAUAAUCAUGGCCUGAAAAGAAGCCGGCUAGAGCUGUGUUCUAGAUAGCAUCUAGAUAGAAAUGUCUCUCUGUCGGUGUUACUUUUCAAAACUACUGGAACAACUAUGGAGGCUUGUGAACAGUGUCUAGAAACAUCCUGGCAACUACCAGCAUGAAGACUCUCUGCUAGUUGCCAAAGAGAUGAAUAGAAAUGAUUUUCCAGCAGGGGCUUCUCGGUCUUACCACUUCAAUGAAGCCAACCGCCUAUCACCCCGGAUUUACUGCAUAUGUCUGCUCUCCGCCCCGCUGUGCACUUCACUGGCUACGCUGACUCAUUCCUGACCUCCUGAUUUAAAGCGCGGGCAUCAGUGUGUCAGAAACUGCCAGCAAACUUCCAAGCCAAAGUUGACCGUUUCUGUGAGCUUGUUGAAAAGCAACUCAACACAUAUGCACUUAUUUGGACAUAUCAUAUGUACAAGGUCCCCCCUCAUGUUUAACAAUUUCUAAAUAAAUGCGACGUAUACUUCAAUGCGUCUUACAUAUGUUUUUAUAGUCUUCAUGUGCCAUUGUUUUGAAUAAUGUGAGUUAUAUUCCAGAGCUACGUAUAGUCCGGAAAAUAUGGUAAAAACGAUUUUUUUUAUGCCAUAGAACAUUUUGGAAGAAGUAAAAGAAUCAUAAGUAAAAUAAAGCAAACCUUAUAUCUGCAGCUGCUUCCUUUCUCUAAGAAAUCCUCUUAAACUUUCCAAGUUUGCGACAUAAUAACACCUACAUGCUGUGAUGAAGCUUAAUGUGAUCUUUGACAUACAAAUUAAAGUGCAGAUACUUUUUAAAAUGAGAUUAUAGUUUUCCAAAUUUUAUUUUUUGCAAUGUAACAUGAAGGACUUAUUUAGACUUAUUUUAUUUAUUAGACAAAGGUAUGUUUUUGUUAAAGAUAAUGUGAUUGGAAUAUUACAUAGUGAAACUAUGAAUGUAGAAAACACAAAUAUUUGAUUAUUUAAGAGUUGAAACAAAGUAAAAAGUUGUUUUUUUUUACUCUGUUUCCUUUCAAACUAGUAGCUACAUAAUGUUCACCUGCUCUGAUUUAUACUUGCAAUGUUUAAGUUGUACAAUAUUGGUUUGUUAUGAUGUUAUGGAGUAUUAUGUUUAGAGAAAACUGCCUAAAAACAUAGCUUUGAAAAACCAAGUACCUCCUAUUCACAGCAGCGAUUCUAACAAUCAGAAGUAGAUUUUAUUCUCACAGUUCAGCAGCUGCAGACUUGUAAUCAUACCUUUCACAUUUGUUAUCAGUUUGAUACAGGACCUCUUACACAUAAACAAAACAUUUUUGCAGAUUUAAUUUAGUUUUUAAUGAAUGAAUUUUGAUUCUUUAAUUAGUUUCUCAGUGUGUGUAAAAAUGUACAUACAGUAAAUUUCCCAUUUUAACUGUAUGUCUGUGGAAAGGAACAGUUACAUGAUUAACUUUAAAGAGUUUAAUUUCUUAUCUGUUAUAUAUAAAAUAUUCAAAUUUUGUGUAAGAUAGCUCUUAAUUCACCUUGUGUUUUCUGUGUAAAUAGUUUCAAGUCACACUAUCAAGCUUUUUCUGAAGUAAAAGUACAAAGACAAAUAGUUUUGCAAUUUAUUUUAUUGAUUUGCUUUUGCCCUGCAGCCUGAACGGUUACUAAGUGAAAUUCUUUUAUCUUUCCCAUCAGAUUAGUUGGUGUUGUAAUAGCCUUCAUAGUUCUAUUAAUUGCCUUUAAGCAGUGUCUUUAAACUACAUUUCUUAAAAAAAAACAAAACAGCCUCUUUUUACGUGUCAGGGACCAGCCAAGA